GCAUGCGCGCCAGCAUUAAUCGCGUGCGUGGAAGUGAAUACGGAUAGUGAAAUCGAAAUGGCCAGGAUAAUUUUAUCAUUAAUUCUAUUUAUUCUAGCCAUCGUGCCGGCUUGGAGCUUAUAUUUCCAUAUAGGUGAAACAGAAAAGAAAUGUUUUAUAGAAGAAAUACCAGAUGAAACGAUGGUAAUAGGAAAUUACAAAAUUCAGAUAUUUGACAAGAACAAGAAUGAUUUCCUGCCAUCAAGCCCUGGAAUUGGAAUGCAUGUAGAAGUAAGAGAUCCUGAAGAUAAAAUGAUUCUCUCAAAGAUGUACAGUUCUUCUGGGAGAUUUACUUUCACAUCGCACACACCAGGAGAACAUACGCUGUGCCUCUAUUCAAACUCUACCAAGUGGUCAAUGUUUGGUGCUUCUAAACUGAGAAUUCAUCUUGACAUUGAGGUUGGGGAACAUGCCAAUGAUUACAAGGAGAUCGCAGAGAAAGAUAAACUAACAGAGCUUCAACUGAGAGUUAGACAGCUUUUGGAUCAGGUAGAACAGGUCAAGAAGGAACAAAACUACCAAAGGUAUCGGGAGGAGAGGUUCCGACAGACGAGCGAGAGUACAAACCAAAGAGUUCUCUGGUGGUCUAUCGCACAGACAGUCAUUCUUCUUGUUACAGGGUUCUGGCAAAUGAGACAUCUCAAAGGAUUCUUUGAGGCCAAGAAAUUAGUAUAGUUAAUAUCAUCAUUGCUAUAGGCCAGAAUCACAGAGGAUGUUAUU